ACCGCUUAAAACUCUCCACCCCAACCCCAAAAUUCUGCCGCCGCCAGGUAUGGCCGUCCGCCGCCGUAUCAUUACGUCCAUCUCGUCUUCCACCUUCAGUUGCAAUUGGUCGCGCUGCAUAUCCUCUUCCGCCACCAAUUCGCCUCCUCUUAUAUACGAUUACUCCAAAAAUUCCUCAUCCACCGCCGCCGCCGAUCAAUCUGUUACCCUCCAGCUCCUCUCAUGGGGUCGCGGCGCCUCCGGUCAGCUCGGUGGUGGAAUCGAGGAAACCAGGAUAUACCCGGCGCCGGUAUGCACCAUCAUUGCCCCACCUAAUUUCUCCCUAACUCGCUCAGUACCCGGCCGUCUCCCCCAACUCAGUGAUGGCGAGUCGCCGUUGGAGGUGGGUAUUUCUUGCGGGUUAUUCCAUUCGGGUCUGCUGGUGGACGGAAAGCUGUGGAUUUGGGGGAAAGGUGACGGCGGCAGGCUUGGAUUCGGCCAGGAAACCUCGGUUUUUGUUCCUGCACGGAACCCUAAUUUGGAAUCUGAUGUGAGAAGCAUUGCUCUCGGCGGCCUCCAUUCCGUCGCGCUCGAUGUCCUUGGCCGCGUAUUUACUUGGGGUUAUGGUGGAUUUGGUGCACUUGGGCAUUCGGUCUAUCACAGAGAGCUGUUGCCUAAAAUGGUCGAAGGAUCUUGGGAUGAAGAAAUGUUCCAUAUUGCAACCAGUGGAACACAUACAGCUGCCAUCACCAAAUCUGGGAAACUCUAUAUUUGGGGGCGAGAUGAAGGGGAUGGUAGAUUGGGUCUUGGUCCUGGUCGUGGCCCAGAUUUUGCUGGUGGUCUCGGCACGCCUACUGAAGUAAAAGCAAUGCCUGAGCCAGUGGCUGCUGUUUCAUGUGGCGGCUUUUUCACUAUGGCAUUAACUGAAGGGGGUCAGCUUUGGAACUGGGGCGCAAACUCCAAUUAUGAGCUUGGUAGAGGUGACAAAAUUGGUGGCUGGAAACCCCAACCUGUUCCUAGUCUCAAAGAUGUUCGCUUAGUGCAAAUAGCUAGUGGUGGAUAUCAUUCUCUUGCUUUGACUGAUAAGGGAGAAGUUCUUUCAUGGGGGCAUGGAGGACAUGGUCAACUAGGUCAUUCUUCCCUUCAUAGUCGAAAAGUUCCUGAACCUGUUGUGGCCUUAGCUAAUGAGAAGGUCACUUAUAUUGCUUGUGGAGGUUCAUCAUCAGCUGCUGUAACUGAUAAAGGGAGCUUAUACAUGUGGGGGAACGCUGCAGAUAGUCAACUUGGCGUUCCUGGACUUCCAGAAUUACAAUCGUCUCCUAUCGAGGUUAAAUUUCUCUCCGAUGAUGAUGGGUUAGGAGACCACAAAGUGCUUUCUGUUUCUGUUGGUGCUUCUCAUGCUAUGUGCCUCGUUUCAAGAUCAAGUUGCUGACAGGUGAACUAACUAUCCCCCUCAAAAAUGGUCUACUCUGCUGAGACAUUGGCAGCAUUGUUUGUAGCAUCAGGUUUAUUAUCAUAUAUCAGUGGUUGGGAUAUCUCCUAACCCUUCUGGAUUUAGUGAAGAAAUGAUGAAAAGUAACAAAGAGAUAGUAUUGGUAAGUUUGCUUGAAAAGAAGUGUGUGCUUUUGACUCGGACCAAGAUUGGAUCUGCAAUAAUCUGGUGUACCCUACUUGGACCUUAUGUUUUAGGAACAUUUUGAUGGUGUGGCCCUAUAUUUGAUGGUCCUUUUAUGUCUCA